UGUAGAACCGGGUAAAAAAAUUUCUCGAAAAAAGUGCGUUCUGGAGGGACGUCCGACGCAACCCUCCGGCUGUGAAACCAUUGAGCCUUCCUCUUCCUUCUGCUCCGCCGCCCCACCGUCGUUCGUUGGUGGCCACCCUCGCUUCCCCUGAAGAAGUCACCAUCGCCUCCCCAACCAGAAGGAAGGUUCAAACGUCUCGCUUCGCCUCAUCGCAUUCAUCUCAUCACAUUUAACAACGUUGCUUAGAAGGCUGCACCAUUCUGAGAGGGAGAGAACUCUCUUUGCUUUCCCUUGUCCUCUUGCCUUCUUCCUCUUCUUGCUUAUUUGUGCUGUCCUCCCCUGGUUGGUGGUAACAGAGAUGAGGAAGCUAAAGUUUCAUGAGAAGAAGCUGCUGAAGAAGGUGAACUUCCUAGAAUGGAAGAGAGAGAACGGGCAGAGGGAGGCCCUCAUCAUGGGUCGCUACCAUAUCGUGGGUAGAGACGAUUACAAAAAAUACUUGAAAAUUUGUGGAAUGGUGACGAAACUUGUGAACAUAUUGAAGCAGAUUGAUCCUAGAGACCCUUUCAGGAUUGAGAUGACAAAUUCGUUGUUGGAAAAACUCUAUAAUAUGGGUGUUAUACCAACCAAAAAGAGCUUGACUUUGUGCGAUCAUCUGUCAGUGUCUUCCUUCUGCAGGCGUCGGCUAGCUACAGUUUUGGUGAGAUUGAAAUUCGCAGAGCACCUCAAAGAAGCUAUCACAUACAUUGAGCAAGGCCACAUUCGUGUAGGCCCUGAUACUGUCACAGAUCCUGCAUUCCUUGUGACGAGGAAUAUGGAAGAUUUUGUCACUUGGGUAGAUUCCUCAAAGAUUAAAAAGAAGAUUAUGCAAUACAAUGAAAAAUUGGAUGAUUAUGAUCUGCUAAACUGAGAACCACAGAAGUUGUCCGAUUCACAUUAUUUUGUCACGCUGUUUGUAUAGUUCAGGUUAGUCGGCAGAGAAAGUGGAACUUUAUUGAGAAGGUUGUUUUUUGUCGGAAGUUUGUUGAAAGGUUAGGUUGUUUUUUGUCCUUUGUUUCCAUGUAUUCAGUUGAGUUUCAGGAAAUUCUCAAAUUAAAACAC